GACCAAAUGAGGGCAGAGCGAUCGCAAAGCCGGCGGUGGACGGGUGGGCGCUGCGCACCGACACGGCUGCUGUCUGCGGCUUAUCUCAUUGUCUGGCUGCCGGAAUUACUCAUCGUAGACGGCCUUUAAAGAGCGGGUAUUGUGCAUUAGCAGGACUGUUGGCUGUCGCAUCUUCACCGUCCAGCUUGAGUCCCAGUGAUUCUUCAGCACCGCGGCAUUAUGGAGAAGAGCAGAGUCGCUCCGCUGGCACUGCUGCUCGGGUUGUGCUGCCUGCAUCGUGCCGUCAACUUCAACCUGGAUGCUGAGAGUCCUUCGGUUUAUUCUGGGCCACAAGGGAGUUACUUUGGAUUUGCAGUGGAUUUCUUCACCCCGGAGACCGGGCAGUUACGGGUGCUGGUCGGUGCCCCCAAAGCCAACACGUCAGGCGCCGCCGAGGUGGUGGAGAGGGGGUCUGUGUACAGUUGUCCGUGGCAGAGCGGCUCCACCUGUGCUCAGGUCCCCUUCGACACCCGCGGUAAUAGGAUCAUAGGCAGCGUGCAGAUGGAGUUCAAGUCCAGCCAGUGGUUUGGAGCAUCUGUGCGGGCACAGGGGGACACCAUCCUGGCCUGUGCCCCCCUCUACCAAUGGGGUACCUCUGGGGGUAAGGAGAGAGAGCCAGUGGGAACUUGUUUCCUGAACAAGAAUGGGAAAGUGGUGGAGUACUCCCCAUGCAGGACAGCCUUUGGUGCUCCAAAUGGGCAGGGUUUCUGUCAAGCCGGAUUUAGUGCUGAUAUUGUGAAGAAUAAGCGUGUUGUUGUUGGAGGACCUGGCAGCUUCUAUUGGCAAGGACAGCUGAUAUCUGAUGAGAUUUCUGAAAUUAUGAGCCACACUAGUGAUGAACUGUUCACCAAGUACCUGAAUCAGAUGUCCACCAGGUCCGCGAUAGCUGAGUAUGAUGACAGCUAUCUGGGUUACUCUCUGGCAGUUGGUGAUUGCAACAAUGACGGGGAAGACGACUACAUCACCGGAGUUCCCCGAGGUGGCAAUGCCCUUGGCUAUGUCAACGUCCUCAAUGGAAUGAACAUGGUGUCCAUGGUCAACUUCACUGGGGUGCAGAUGGCAGCAUACUUUGGACACUCUGUAGCGGUGACUGAUGUCAAUAAUGACGGCUUCAUAGACUUGCUUGUGGGUGCCCCCCUCUUCAUGGACCGUGGUUCCGAUGGCAAGCUGCGCGAGGUGGGCCAAGUAUACAUCUACCUGGGGAGGGGUAGCUUCACCUUCCAACCCUCGCAGAAGAUGAUGGGUACAGAGAUCUACGCUCGCUUUGGCAGUUGCAUCAUGCCACUGGGUGACCUGGACAUGGAUGGCUUCAACGACGUAGCCAUUGCCGCCCCCUAUGGCGGGCCGGAGCAUCAGGGCCUGGUGUACAUCCACAAUGGUCGUGCUGAGGGGCCCCAAUCCAGCGCCUCCCAGGUACUCAUGGGAAAGUGGGCCACCAGCAGCAUGCUGCCCAGCUUCGGCUACGCCAUGCACGGUGCAACCGACAUCGACCAGAACGGGUACCCAGACCUGCUGGUUGGAGUGUUUGGUGCGGACACAGCGGUGCUCUACAGAUCACGACCUGUCGUUCGGGUGACUGCCACGCUGGACAGCAUCCCCUCCAUGCUGAACCCAGAGCAAAAGAGCUGCACACUGCCUGGGAGUGGAUCCAGCGUGUCAUGCUUCCAGGUGCGCUUCUGCUUACAGGCCCAGGGCAAAGGAGCCACUUCCACACUGCGCUUCCAGGUGAACCUUACAUUGGACCGGCUGAAGCCCAAGGGAAUUAUAAAGCGCGUGAUGUUCCUGCAGAGCAAGAUAUCUCACUACUCAAGGAAUAUCAGUGUCAGCAAUGGCAAGGAUUCCACAUGCGAGGAGCUUAGCGCCUUCCUCAUUGACGAUUCAGAGUUCCGGGACAAGAUCACACCUAUUGUAAUCUUCAUGGAGUAUAGCUUGGAUACACAGACGGCUGUGGACUCGGCUGGCCUCCUGCCCAUCUUGAACCCCUUCAUCUACCCCAAUGUAUCCACACAGGCUCACAUUCUGCUGGAUUGUGGUGAGGACAACAUCUGCAAGCCGGACUUGCGACUGUCAGUGCUGAGCAAACAGAAGCAGAUGUAUAUUGGUGAUGAUGGUCCCCUGACACUGGAGGUGACAGCGGACAAUGUGGGGGAGGGCGCAUACGAGGCAGAGCUCCAUGUUUACAUGCCCCCGCAAGCAGACUUCAGUGAGGUCAUACGCAACAAAGAGACACUCUCCAGGAUCUCUUGUUCCUACACGCGGGAGACCAGGCUUGUGGUGUGUGACCUUGGGAACCCCAUGAAAGGAGGAACCACAUUGACGGCGGGCCUGCGUUUCAGCCUUCACCAGGUCUCCGACCAGGACACCGCCAUUGAGUUCCGCAUGGAGAUCGUCAGCUCAAACCCAUAUAACAACAAAAGCAACAGUGUGUCCACGGUGGUGGAGCUCGAAGUUAUGGCCAAGGUGGAAAUUCGAGGUAACUCCGGGCCAGAUCAAGUGAUCCUGCCCAUCCCCAACUGGGAGCCCGCCGAACCCCCAGUUUUUGAGGAGGACAUAGGGCCUUUGGUUCAGCACAUCUACGAGCUCCGAAACAAGGGACCGAGUGACAUCAGCAAGGCCAUGCUGGAUGUCGAGUGGCCCUACAGGUUCAACAAUGGCUCACUGCUCUACAUCAUGAAAUACGACAUGGACGGACCCAUGAAUUGCAGCACAGAAAUGCAGAUCAACCCCCUCAAUGUCACGAGCUCGAAAGUCAAAGAAGGCAAUGCGACGAUAGCCAGUGGUGACAGGUCAGAUGACACCAAGCACAGCCGCACUCGGCGUGACUUGGAAGGAAAAGAGACGGAGAACCAGCUUGAGAUCCUGGACUGUGUGAAGGCCCAAUGCCUUAGGAUCAGAUGUCAGAUAGGCCGUCUGGAACAAGACCGGCACGCUCUCCUGAUGAUCUACUCACGCUUGGCUGUCAGCACCUUCCUUACUGAUGACAGUAAGAACCACUCCUACGCAGUGAGGUCCACAGGCUCCUUCAGUGUUCUAGAGAUGCCCUACAAGAAGAAGCCUUCUGAGCUGACAUCCAACUCCACUAUGGUGAACACCCUGGUGACCUGGACCGGGACUCUGUCCAAGCAGUCGGUACCUGCUUGGGUCAUUGCCCUGGCCAUCCUGGCUGGCCUGCUGCUGUUGGCCCUCAUGAUUCUUAUCAUGUAUAAGGUUGGGUUCUUCAAACGUGUGAGGCCCCCCAAGGAUGACAACAUAGAGAAGGAGCAGCUCCAGCCACAGGAAGGAAAGGAGGGCUAACCCAGACACAAGGUCCCCACCCUGCCCCCAGCAGCUAUGUUGAUGAAACUAACAGGCGUGGCUUUAGAUGAUUUGACCCAAAGUGAACCACAGAUGGAUACAAGUACAGAGGAAGCAUCUGUUCAUGUGGUACAGCAUGUGGGGCACUGUCAUGUGGUUAGCUGGCUCUGUUUUUUUUUUUUUCUUUUUGACUUUUUAAAAUGACUGCUGCUGAACAACUGCAUGGGGCUCUUUCUCCAGCAGACUGCGGGGUCAGACAGCCUCACCAUGUGUGAACAUGCCCACCCUCUCCAGGGGGGUGCCAGUGUACACCAGGCAAGAUUUCACUUGAGGGUUCAAAUUAUUAAUUUUAGCCAGAAACACUUGAACUUAUUUUCAAUGAAGAAGUCACAACUUCUUCAUUUUCUGUAUAUAGAAGGCUAUGAUAGAAUUAUAUAAAUAAAAUGUGCUUAUUAAGAGUUUGCUAGGGACACAUGGUUAAAAGGGGAAAUGGUUACCUUAUUCUAUUUCAAGUAACUUCGGACAUGGAACAUGAAAACUGGAAACUGUGGUGGUUUGAUUUUCCUGGGUGUCUUUUAGGUGUGGGUGGGGAGUCUUCUCACUGAAUAAAAGUUUAACAUAC